CCCGUAUUUGGAUCAGAAAAUUCUCAACAGUACUUUUUGCUUGGCAUCCUGAUGGAAUCUGCAAGCCAGAAGAUUUUAUGAUUAAAGCAGAUCGUAUCAUAAAGUCAGCUAAUUUACAAGGCCCUUCAGCAGAUACAGUUGUAGACAUAUUCAGGGCAUUUGGAAGUGGUAUAGAAAAAAAUUCCUUUUCACAAACAUGGAGUUCACGAAUAGUGGAAUUUUGGAUAGCGAUAAAAAAAGGAAUGCCGACUGAGCCUGUCGAAGAGUUCUUUGCUAAUUUGUUUAAGGCACUGGAUUUCAACUCCGAUGGCUUUAUCCAAUUCUCUGAGUACAUACACUGGUGGAAGGCUUUUGACCUUGAUCCAAGUCUGGCUAGAAUUCAGU